AUUGUUAGGCUUAGAAUAGUUGGGUAAAAGAUAUAUCCAAGAAAUUUGCAUGACCAAUCUCUAUCUCUCUUUAUCACAACAACACUUACAUUGUAUAAAGCAACAUACUAUUUGGGACCAACUAGAAUAAGAAAUCAUGAUAUUUAGAAUUACAAGAAGAAUAAGGUGGAGAAGAGGAGGAGCUGGAAUAAGCAAAAAGAAGAUGAAACAAGUGGUUAAGGAGUUAUUACAGAGUACAUUUAGUAGUUGCAUUCAUUCACAUAUCACACUCACAUGUACUACUACUACUACUUCCAUUCUGCAACUACUGUAAAGUUCUUGCUAGUUGACUCUCCUUUCAAUUGUGACCUUUGGCUGUCCAUCUCUUCCUUCUUUCCUUAUCAAUCAAUCAACUUUUUUUUUUCCUCUGUCAAUUUUCUUUCUCUGUUUCACAUCCCUUUUUUAUCCACUUAUUUAAUUUUCUCACUUUGCUCAAGUAUUAUAGCUAAACCCCAUUUUUGCAUGUCUUGACUAGCACUAUUUCUUGUGACCUGCAAUCUCAAGGAUUUCAUGUUUUCUUUUUUGUUCUUGAGUUUGGGGCUCUAAUAUAAUUUCCUUAUAAUGGGGCCUGCAAUCUCAAACUUAUUUAAUAGUAUCUGUUUCUUGGUCUGCCAUUAGCUCUGCUACAACUUUUUUGAGCAUUGCCAUGCUAAGAAGUUCCAUAAUUUAAUCCAUAAAAAUGACAUGACUUCAGCAAACUAAAAAGCAUGUCAUUUAUGCCUUUUAUUCUUGGAAAUGGCAAACCAUAGGAAUUCUGCUAUUCAACAGCAUUUGUUUUUGGUGUUGUUGAUUCAUUUCAUUGCUACCCUUGGUCAAUCUUUAAAUGAAGAGGGGUUUAUUCUUUUGGAGUUCAGAAAAUCCCUAAAUGACCCUUAUAACAAUCUUGAGAGUUGGAAUUCUUCAGACUUGAGUCCUUGCAAUUGGAAUGGUGUUGAGUGUAGCAAAAUUGGUCAGGUGAUUUCUCUCAGUAUCGAUCGCCUCAACUUAACUGGUAGUUUAUCUUCUAGCAUUUGUAGGCUUCCUUACUUGACUAAAUUGAAUGUGUCAACAAAUUUCAUUUCUGGCCACAUUCCUGAUGAUUUUGCACUGUGUCAAAGUUUGGAGAAAUUGAACCUUUGCACCAAUAGGUUCAAUGUGGAGUUUCCUGUCCAAUUAUGCAAUAUUACCUCCCUAACACAACUUUAUUUAUGUGAGAAUUACAUUUAUGGUGAAAUACCUCAGGACAUUGGAAACUUGUCACAACUUGAGGAGCUUGUUAUUUACAGUAACAAUCUCACUGGAAAAAUCCCUGCUUCUAUAGGUAAAUUGAAAAGGCUUAGAAUUAUCAGAGCCGGUCGAAAUUAUUUAUCUGGUCCUAUUCCUGCAGAAAUUAGUGAAUGUGAAAGUUUACAAAUUCUUGGAGUAGCAGAGAAUAGGCUAGAAGGGUCUUUCCCAAUAGAGCUUCAAAAGUUAGAGAGUCUCGCCAACUUAAUUCUUUGGGCUAACUUUUUCUCUGGUGCAAUUCCUCCUGAGAUUGGAAACUUCAGUAAUUUAGAAUUGCUUGCUUUGCAUGAGAAUUCCUUCACUGGACCUCUUCCUAAAGAGAUUGGAAAGUUAACUAAUCUGAGAAGGCUGUACAUUUACACCAAUCAGUUAAAUGGAACAAUUCCAUGGGAAUUGGGACAUUGUUGGAGUGCAGCUGAGAUUGAUUUAUCUGAAAAUCAAUUGAGUGGAUACAUUCCUAAAAGCUUGGGCUUACUUUCUAACCUGAGGUUGCUUCACCUUUUCGAAAACAGACUACAUGGGAAGAUUCCAAAGGAGCUUGAAAAGUUGAAGUUGCUGAAGAAUUUGGACUUGUCUAUAAACAAUUUGACAGGUAGAAUUCCAUCAGAGUUUCAGUAUCUUGAAUUCUUGGAAAAUCUACAACUUUUUGACAAUCAACUCGACGGUCAUAUUCCUCGAUUUAUUGGCCUCAAAAGCAACCUCUCUGUAGUGGACUUGUCCAAGAAUAAUCUUGAAGGAAGCAUACCUUCAAAUCUUUGUCAGUUUCAGAAACUAACGUUUCUGAGCCUCGGGUCUAACAGGUUGUCGGGCAAUAUACCUUAUGGCCUAAAAACAUGCAACUCUUUAGAACAGCUGAUGCUAGGAGAUAACCUGCUCACUGGUAGCUUCUCUGUUAAUAUUUGCAAGCUUCAGAACCUUUCUGCUCUUGAGCUUUUUCACAACAGAUUUUCUGGUAUGCUACCACCCGAGGUAGGCAACCUCAGAAAGUUAGAGAGGUUGCUCUUGUCACGUAAUUACUUUUUCGGGAUAAUUCCUCCUGAUAUUGGAAAACUUGUGAAGCUUGUUGCUUUUAAUAUCUCCUCCAAUCAGUUCUCUGGUGAGAUUCCACAUGAGCUAGGGAGUUGUAUAAGGCUCCAGCGGCUUGAUCUUAGCAAGAACUUGUUUGCUGGAAUUCUCCCAGGUGAACUUGGCAAUCUAGUGAACCUGGAACUGCUUAAGCUAUCUGAUAAUGAGUUUAGUGGACAGAUACCAAGUGGCUUAGGUGGACUCGUUCGACUUACUGAAUUGGAGAUGGGAGGGAACUUAUUCUCUGGUAGCAUUCCGGUUGAACUUGGCCAACUUGGGACUCUGCAGAUUUCUCUCAAUCUCAGCCACAAUGCUCUCAAUGGAUCAAUUCCUAGCAACCUUGUGAACUUGCAAAUGCUUGAAACAUUGUACUUAAAUGAUAACCAGCUUAUUGGUGAGAUUCCAACUUCAAUAGGGCAGUUGAUGAGCCUGAUAGUAUGCAAUCUUUCUAACAAUAACCUUGUGGGAUCAGUACCAAAUACACCUGCCUUUCGAAGGAUGGACUCCAGCAACUUUGCUGGAAAUGUUGGGUUGUGCACAUUGGAUUCUAGCCAUUGUGAUCCUUCUCCAGCCCCUUUGAUUGCACCGAAUACAAGCUGGUUGAAUCAUCGUUCUUCUAGAGAAAAAAUAGUUACUGUUGUUUGUGCAACUGUUGGGAUGAUCUCUUUGAUAUUCAUUGCACUUAUAUGUAGGGUCAUUAGAGGCCGCCACAAGACAGCUUUUGUUUCACUGGACAAUCAAGUAAAGCCUGAUGUCUUGAAUGAUCAUUACUUUCCACGAAAAGGGUUCACGUACCAGGACCUUGUCGAAGCGACUGGGAAUUUCUCAGACAGUGCAAUCAUAGGAAAGGGAGCUUGUGGCACUGUCUACAAAGCUACUAUGGCUGAUGGUGAAUUUGUUGCAGUUAAAAAACUGAAGUCCCGAGGAGAAGGGGAGAGCGUUGAUAGCAGCUUCCACGCUGAAUUAUCUACUCUCGGAAAAAUAAAUCACAGAAAUAUUGUAAAGCUAUUUGGUUUCUGCUACCACCAAGACUGCAAUCUUCUCUUAUAUGAGUACAUGGUAAACGGAAGCCUUGGCGAAGUACUUCACGGGAAUAAGACGACUAGCUUGCUAAAUUGGAAUACCAGGUACAAAAUUGCACUAGGAGCUGCUGAGGGUUUAAGCUAUCUGCACCAUGACUGUAAGCCACAUAUCAUUCACAGGGAUAUAAAGUCGAACAAUAUUUUGUUGGAUGAACUGCUGGAGGCACAUGUUGGAGACUUUGGCUUGGCAAAGCUAAUUGACUUCCCAUACUCAAAAUCCAUGUCUGCAGUUGCUGGUUCGUACGGCUAUAUUGCCCCUGAAUAUGCAUACACAAUGAAAGUGACAGAGAAAUGUGACAUCUAUAGUUUUGGGGUUGUUUUGCUGGAACUGGUUACUGGUAGGUCUCCAGUUCAACCCCUUGAUCAAGGAGGUGAUUUGGUGACUUGGGUGAGAAGAUCACUUCAAGGAGGAGUGGCAAUAUCUGAAAUUUAUGACAAAAGGCUGGAUCUUACUGUGGAAAGAACAAGUGAGGAGAUGUCUUUAGUUCUCAAGAUUGCUCUUUUCUGUACCAAUACAUCCCCUGUAAAUAGGCCUACAAUGCGAGAAGUGAUCUCGAUGUUGAUUGAAGCCAGGGAAUCUGUAAGCACUUCACCAUCAUCUCCAACAUCAGAAACUCCUCUGAGUGAGACUGAUGCAAAAAAAGGUUCUGCGGAAUCAUAGACCAAACAAGAAAAUGAGCUAGCAGAAGUUGUGCCUGUCUCAUGCUGCCAAAUUCUCCCUCAUUGAUUUUAAGCACAAUAGAAUAAUAGAGUUAGAAGCAUCUAAUUAUUCAUGUACACAGCUACACUGGUACCAUACUUACCCUCCUAAUUAUUCUUGAAAUUUCUUAUCUAUUUCUCUGCUGUCCACAUCUGUUAUCUGUCUGCACAUUAACUGCCUAAUUGUAUUCAGUUCUUAAGUUACUAAUCAGUUGGUUA